AUGGAAGUGGAGUUGUCAUUUGCUGAGGCGCUGGUUUUCCGGCGGGCUCUCAAUGCCUUGCGUAGUGUGUGUAAAGAUAUCCGCGUGUAUGUUCACCGGAAUUCCCUCCACUUAGAAGGUCUCAACGACAGCCGAACGGCGUGGAUGCAAGUCGCCUUCGCCAGGUGUUUCUUUUCCUCUUUCCGCCUCCCGAGAAGGAGCAACGCCGCGCGAAGCGCUCGCACCGGAGUGGCCGCUGCGACAUCCAACGAAGCUGUGCAGGGCGGAGAUGUGUCGGCAGAUAGCGACACUGCAGAGGAAAGGUUCGAGGCGACUGUGAGUGGGAAACAGCUAUGGAAGGCUAUUGCAAAGGCUGUCAGCCCUUCGGGGUCUACUUCAGGUCGAGGAACGCUGACGCUGGAUCGCAUGCUCAUCAAAGGCAUUUUGUCGUCAACGCACCGAGGCGCAACUGGAUCCUCAGCGCUGUCCCUCACGUUUUUCUUCAGAGGACUACCCGUCACGCAAACCGUUCUCAUAUCUGCAGUGCACGCGCCCCACACGCUUCCAGUUUUCAUUCGGUGGAAGAGGCGCCACGUCAUUGCCAUGCCGGCGCGAAGUUGGACGAAACUGCUCGACGAAUAUCUCUUGAAUCCUGAGAACGUGACUCUCGUCCACGAUGUCGCUGGUGAAGCUCUCAAGGUCCAGUCGGAGUGGCAGCCGCAUGCACAGCAUCGUAGAGACCGAGAGAACGCCGAAGAGGCCAAGCAAACGGCCGCCUUCCAGGGGCUGUACGGCGAGAUUGUACUCGAAAGAAACCAUUUCGAUUCUCUUGUCUUUGAUAGUCGACUUCCUGCGUUCUCGCACCUCACUUUCUCGUCUCGUGAACUGCGAGUAACUGCCGCUCUCUGCGAGCACUUCGACGCCGCUAUGACAGUCUCCUACCGACUGCCAGGGCGCCCGGUUGUCUGCUGCUUCGGCGCGGCCGCUCCCCUCGCCGCAGGCUCGCUCCAAGAAGAGACACCCGUCUCCGCGUCUUCCUCCGCUUCCUCGGAUGCGUCCACGGCAGUCUUUGUGCCCCACCAGGUUCUUCGCCAGGCGCUGCGGCGUGUGCAAGAGGAGUUCGAGGCCGCAAGAGGUAUGGAUCGCCUUUCUUCUGACGCGGGGGUGUUUACACCCCCGGACAGGUCGAAUGCUAGCUCUGGGGAGAAGGCGUGCGGAGACGGCAGAGGCCCUGGCGAGGACGAAGGCGCCUGGGGAGGCCGAGGGCGGCAGGAGCGGCGAGGCGCGCUGCGAGACAAACACCGGGCAUCGCGUGCGUGGGCGGGUUUUGUGUGGAUCAGCACAUCGCCUCUGGACCUUGCCGACGGUAGUGUGUCUGACGACGUGGCGAGCGUGUGGGGCGACGACUAUCUCGACUACGUGGAGCUGUACAGGCAACUCGAGGAGCCCAUUCCUGGCGGCGUCGAGGAGUUCUUUGCUUCCGCAUCCGCCCCGUCCUCUCUCAGUUUCUCUUCGGCCUCGCAGCCCUCCAAAGGAGACAAGCGGCGCAGUCCCCCCGAGCCCAAAGCGCCGGAAGCGAGAGAGAGGAACGCGCGCCAAAGGACAGAUAGAGAGACACGGAAAGCGAGAGAAGAGACAGGCGGAAGAGGCACAUCAGGUUCACAGACUUUCGAGCGCCGAGAGAGGGCUUGGGAAGAAGCGGGGACGAGCGGCACUGCGGAGUGCGCGACGGGAAACGGCCUCGAACAGACAGUCCCCCACGAAGACGCCUCAACCAUCUCUGCUUCGUUCUUCGAAGAAGACGCAGAAGGAAGGGCGGCUUCGAGAAUCUUUCAACCUGGACGAGAAGAAAACGGAGACAGCGACGGGGCACGACCGAAGGCGCGCUCCGCCUUGCGUCGCCUGCGCCAGUGGAGUUCUUCCAGUGGCGGCCCUGACGAAGCUGCAAGACUCGGCGAAGCGUCCCACGCCGAGAAAGAAGGGCGAGAAGACGACGAAGAAAGUGUCGCGACUUGGCUCGGGGAAGAUGAAGAAGCAGAGCCAGAAGCGGUGGAGGUGCUGCCGGACUCGGGCGAGGCGGAGACACUCGACAGAGACCGGCACGGAGACGUCGCGGAACUCGACAGACAAGGACAGCGAGAUGGGAGCGGAACGGAGACGAAGAUCGCAGGGGGGAGGCCGCAAGGGGAAGACGAAAGGACUGCUGAACUCCGAAAAGCACAGGAAACCUCUCGAGAGACCUCGCGCGCUCUCGCCCGGCUCUGGAUCGAGAAAGGAGGCCUCAGCGGCGCCGCUCAAGUGUACAGACGACUCACCUCUAUAUUUGCCAAGUAA